AUGGAGGAAGAGGGUACUUGGAUCAACCUAUUUUUCUCUGGCAGCCGUCAAAACAUCCUGAAUGCCAACGAAAUUGAGGGCCAAAAAUUCCGACCUUUUUGUGCUGAAGACGACAACUGGGAGCUGGGAGGCAGGGCCGAUAUAUCAAGAGUACCAGAUACAAACAGUAUUCAGGUGUUUUGGCUUCGGAUCAAAGGACGCAGAAAAUUUGUCGGUAAAGUUUUUCCUUGCUAUUCUAAGCGAGAUGCCAUCAUACAACUUCACCGUAUCGGAGUACUGCCAAGUCCAGAAAACAUAGGCGAUGCUAUAUACGAGUUCGAUAGAUUUUAUCGGGAGGCGCGGGCAUACAGCCAUAUUGACCUAUUCUGUCCCGCCCGUGAAAGGAUCUACUUCCCACAAUACCAUGGAGUGAUCACCGAUAUACCUCAAUCUCGAUUUUCAUCUGGGUAUUAUCACAAGCGAGCGGUUGUGCUAGAGGCAAUAAAACCGGACUUACGCUCUCGACGCGUUCUUAGUGAAGUUGUCAAUCACCACCCCGAAACCUUCUUAGCUAUCCUUGAAACCCUAUCCUCAAAGUUUUGCACAACAAAUACUGUGCUUUCUUUAAGCUCGUUUGAGCAGGAGUGGUAUCAUUCUUUGCUGAAAGAUCGGAUUCGUCGCCUAGAUACUUUACAUCGGAUUGGCAUAACACAUGGCGAUAUCCGUGAUAUCCACUUUCGACUUCCCAAUGACAUUUACGAUACAGUUCUAUACGACUUCUCCGAGUCGUACACCUUCUCUAGGAAGCAGCCUUUUCGAGUAUGUGGCGGAAGACUUCGACCUUUAAGCCUGAUAUCAGAGGGUGAACGUGAACGUGUUCUUCUACAUGUCCUAGAUCGAGCCGCCUCACGAGAUCUUCGUUCCCACCUGAUACGUUUCAACCGUAAAGCUUCGGUUGCCGGUAUUGACUCUAAGCAUAUCUCUUCUGUUGAUGAUGCACUCUGGAAGUCUCUCGAUAAAGAAGAGGAUUUGUUAGAGUUGAUCAUACUAAGAGUCUCCUAUCACCCAGAUGAGUUUUCGAUGCCGACCUUGAAUUCCAUUUUCCCAUUCCUGGAAGCCGUAUGCCCGAACUCUGACCUCUGCUGGCAUAUUCGUCGAGCUUACUUUGCCUCGAGCAAAAUUCAUUUCAAAAUUUAUUUUGGCAAUCCUUUCAAGAGAUUUCUCGAUAUGGCCGAAACCCUUCUUAGCUACCUAACGACACGCAACCCAAAUGUCUACCCGUUUGCAAAACCACAAACAAGCUUCACAUUCAGUUCAGACUGGGACCCAGUUGAUAGUAUAAGAGAAUGGACCGAUUUCAAUUACGAUACUCUGCACAUGCGCUUCAGAAAUGAGUUGAGCCGUCAUGUAUCCCCGUUUGAUACUGCCAAGAACUGUGAAGACGGAGGUUUCAACAAUAUCUUUGACGAACGUGGCCUCUCUGAUCUCAUAUGCAUGUCUAUUAUGGGUCCUGUAUCGGCAGUACUUCCUUCCUCAUUCAUUACCUCCGGCGGAAGAGUUACGCAGCAUAUAGGAUGCAUCCCUGACUGGGGCGCUGGGAAGGAUGCGGCUAGAGAUCAGUUUGGAAAGGCUAAGGCUCUUGUUCUUGGAGACACAAAAUUCAACUGGUCGUCAAUGAGCGCCAUUAAUGUUGUCCAGAACAUGAGAAACGGGUUCUAUGAAGAUUCGAACUUGAUCGACUCAGUCAGACCUAUCGAGCAAGUCCAACAUUAUGGGGCUGUUUACGGAUGUCGGUAUGUGUACAUUAUCAGCGAUCAAGAGCUCGUGGUAAUGCAGCUCCAUUUGGCACCAGCCCCAUUUCGAACAUCACCCAGACCUCAACGCACUCGCCUACCACCUUCACAUCAGCGGGUAACAUCUUCUUCCACUAUUUCGAAGCAGUUGACGGAUAUAUCUCUCGACGAGUCAUCCUUCAGAGCAAGUAUUGGGCUGGUGGAAUACAAGAGAAUUCCUUGGAGCGCUACAAGCGGACUUACGAUCAAACUGGCAUUAUAUUGCCUUGUUCGUUUAGCAGCCGAGGAUGGGAGUGAUCUCAAAACUGAUUACCCGCGUUUGACGUCUCAAGUCGAGUCAUCUGGUACUCAACUUCUGCCAUCAAUGGUCCUACCGACCUCGGAGCCACGAAUCAUUAUAGGAACAUCGAGCACUGUCACCAGCACACUCCAAACAAGCAAUGAAGCGGCGGCCCAAUUUUACGAUGUCACUGUACAAUGGAACAAAGCUCGUACUGGUUACGUAUACCAAGACAAUUACGGCAAAUGGGUCUUCGAUGACUCAACAUCCAAUUGGAAGCAGAUUGGGAACCAAAUCUACAAAUUCCAGGGAGCCCCGCCGUAUGCGCGCUCAUCCAUACCCCAUUGA